GAAAAAUGGCCCCUAAGAUUAUGUAAGACGAGAAAUAAUUCCCUCAUUCACUCUCAGAUACUCGUCUUCGUGUGGUGUUUUAUUCACGCCAGUAAUUUUUUAUGAAUCCACUCUUCGUUGAAUCCGGAAGAAAUUGUUUCUGGUAGCUGAAUUACUAAUUGUGUUUAAUAAUUGGAGCUUUAACGGCCAAAGGAUGGGUAAAUGGAUUGUAAUUGGUAUUGCUGGUGCUACGUGUAGUGGCAAGACAACACUAGCCAAGAAACUCCACGAGAAAUUCAAAAAUUCUGUUCUAAUAAGUCAAGACAGUUAUUUUCUCGCCAAAGAUGAUCCACGACAUGUUCACAUUCCUGAAUUGAAUCAUCACAAUUGGGAUAUCCUGGAAAGUCUGGACAUGGAGAAGAUGCAUUCCGAUAUUUUGGAGAUCAUGUCGUCUGGAGGGGCGGGCAGAAAGGAAAAUGAUGUUCAAUUUUUGAUUGUAGAUGGAUUUCUUCUCUUCAAUUAUAAACCGAUAUUUGAUCUGUGUGAUAUCAGAUAUUUUUUGGAGCUGUCGAGAGAGGAGUGUGAACGCAGGAGAAGUCGACGUGUGUAUGAUCCACCGGAUGUACCUCGAUAUUUUGAAGUUGUCGUCUGGCCACAAUACGCGAGGUAUAAAAAAGAAAUUCAAGAGGAUGAGGCACUCGUGAAGGGAAUCACCUUUCUGGAUGGAACUGUAAACAAUGAUCAGACAUUUCAACGAAUUCUCCGGGAGAUUACCCAGAAAUGCCAGCGAAACUAGGGAAUUUGGCUGAGAAUAAGAAAUUUAUAAUGACUUUGCCCUUCUCAGCUUUUUAUUCAGCAUUCUAAGAAAAAAUUCCACUGCUGAUGAAAUCCAGCCGUAGCCCAAUGGCUCAGAAUUAUAACCGCAUAUGAAAGUUAUCGAAUUUCUUUUGUUAUUGAGCAUUUCGUGACUUAACAAAUAAAAAAAUUAUAAAUUUACU